AGAUCUCAGUUUCUUUCUGUCUUUCCUCCCAGGUCCAGGACGCCGCCUUUCUAUAGGAUGAAGCCAACCUCUUGCUUCCUUCUUAUCCUCAUCCUCCUUCUUCAGUUGAUAAUCGCAAGGGGUGCUCAGUGUUCCUUAGACUCCCUUGUGGACAAAAAGAUAAAGGAUGCUCUCAAUCGUCUAGAGCUCAGUCCCUCUGCUCCAAGAAAGAGGAUAUCAUGUUUCAGUGUCAAAAACUCAGGCAAACUGUCUUCCUGCCCUGCAGGGACCGUUGUCACUGGCUGUGCUUGUGGCUAUGCCUGUGGUUCCUGGGAUGUCCAGCAUGAAACCACAUGCCACUGCCAGUGCAACACAGCAGACUGGACCAGUGCCCGCUGCUGCCGUCUGACAUGAGAGGGAGGAGAAUGAAAAUCUAAUUGUCUGACAGUUACUAUAUUGAAACCAUGAUCCCAAGCAGAA